CAUGUACAAGUUGUGGCAUUCCCGCGAUCGGCGCCCUUGUACUUCUGGAUUUCUGCGAGGAGCUUCUCUAUUGUGCAUCAUCGUUUUCAUCAGGAAUGUAAAGCUUCAUCGUGAAGAUUUGCGAGUACUUGGACAGGUCCAUAACACAGCUGUCGCUGUAAGAGAUACAAGCGGAGAUAUUUAACGGACUAGUGUCACUGGCUUCGUUUCAAAAAGACAGAGCUAUAGUUCCCAGUGAACGAGCCGAGUCUUGUCCAAGCACAGCUAGCAAAGGCCAACGGCUAUGCUUCCACGGCCUUCGAAAGGGCGAAUCGGACGUGAUGCAUCAGUGGCAGAGUUCGCCCUCAGGACUACACUUGUGCUGUUUCUAAUUGGGGCGCCAGGGACACGAGCGCAGAGCGCGUCGACGGACACAUCUAGUGGUGGAGAUUCGACAACGAUGUCACCGAUACAGGCGACCUCUCUCCAGCAAGUGGACGAAAUUGACUAUGCGGAGCUGCUGCGAGAAGUGGUGGACUACGGCUUCUCCAAGUUACCGCCAUCGUUGUUGCGAAACUUCAUUCAAGCCGGCUUGCAACCACAGUGCAGCAUAGCGUUGAUUCGAACCCUGAAAGGCAUCUUAGACUUCGAGCCAUGGGCACUCAGACUGUUCGACGCGUCUGGGAAGUUCCCCACGGGCAUGUUCCAGGGCUCCCACAUGGACGCCGGUGCUUUCGACGAGUGUUUGGAGACCGUGGUCCACCACGGACAUCGGGAUGUGGUCUCACGGGGACAGUAUUGUAAUCUGCUAAUCUACGCCCAGAACGGCACAGCCAUGAGAGACACCGUUGAAUUGCUCUCGAAAUACUUGCACCCGAAGGUAAGGCUACGCUGCGAACUGCAGUACUUCAAGGAUUACUAUUCGAUCGAGGAUGUGCCCUUUGUUCGCCUUGGAAUUUGCUUCACCGAUGAAUGCAACCGCAACGAUUUGCAAGCGCUGGUGAACAUAGGGGUACCUCGUACAAAAUGUGCAUUUCCUCUAAUUCCAGUGAAGCCACCGCUAGUGCGGCUCGAAGUAUCCAACUGUGUGACAGCCGAGCCGGAACCGUGGGACAAAAUACAAACUGCAAUCGUAUUAUUUUUGGGGGUGUUACUAGUGAUCGUCCUAAUCUCUACACUCGUGGACGAAUUAUGGAACACCAAACCAAAGCAGGAGAAAGAAAAUGGCACCUUGCUGGAGUUCGUCUCGGCUUUCUCGGUCACGGCGAACACGCGCCACCUGCUCAAGGUGCCUGAAAACAUUCACUGUGACGGCUAUGAUCUGCAGUUUAUGCAUGGCAUGCGAUUCUUCUGCUGUAUCCACAUCGUAUUGGGCCUGUUCUUCACGAAUCUGUCGGAUAUUUGGGCCCGUGUGCUCAACCUAUUCAUCACUUCUGACCACUGGCCCCACAUGAUUGCAACAGCAAUGUUCAACAGCGUGGACACGUUCUUCUUUAUCAGAUUACUCUUUCCACUUACGUUCGUCGUUAUGUGCUUGUACCCGCUCCCGCACUUCGUCGCUGGACCCGACGUCAAGGCAUUCUUCGUCAAGCUAAACGACGAGAUAGACAAGCACUGGUGGAAGCUUCUCCUCCACAUUAGGAAUUUUUACGGAAGUGCUGUCGUGGGUGCACACGGAAAUGAGCGCUCCUGCGGACCAGUCGCCGACCUAGACUGCGUGGCUGACCCAGCACGUAACAGCAUCGUCACAGCACCGCCACCACCCUCACCGCUGGUGCACGUGUGGUAUCUGUCGGCCGACUUUCAGCUUUUUCUCAUCUCUCUAUUGGUGGCGUCUAUAUUCAAGAGACCUCUGCGACUCAACCAUGACUUCCACAGGGGCUGA